AAAAAUAUAAAUAAAUAACUGGGGGGUUUUAUCUCAUUAUAUAAAAUAUUGAAUUGAUUUUCAAUUUCUUUCUCGUCUGAACGGUUUCGGAAGAAUAGGGCUUUUAUAUUUGUAGGAAAGGAGGGGUACCAGCCGAACCAAAUACAGAAAUCUCAGGGUUUUCUUCAAACUUGAACACGGCAAAUAGAAGAAGAAGAAGAAGAAACGUCUUUGAUCUUUGUGAUCCGGGGUUUCGGAAGGAUUAGAACCCUCUCUGCAACUUUCCUUCGACGAUUGGAUUUUCUUAAGGUAGUAUUUUUGGAAUUUAUACUCUGUGGAUGUAAAAUUUUUCUGGUGGAUUAUGAAUGAUUGUUGCUAUGGACUUAAAUGGUUCACCAAUACUCCAACCCAAAGAAGAAAGGCGUAGACGUUUGAAAAGAGACCGAGACCAUGAAUCUCAACCACGUGAACACCAUGUGUUUGAUAAAAGUAGUAAGUUAGCUUUGCCCCCUGGUUGGCUGGAUUGCCCUGCAUUUGGUGAAGAAAUUUGCUACAUGGUACCUUCAAAGGUUCCACUCAGUGAAGCAUAUAAUGAUAGGAUUCCACCUGGUGGAAGAUAUUCAUUCAAACAGGUUCAUCAUCAUCAAAGGGUUCUAGGAAGAACACUGGGUUUGGUCAUCGAUUUGACAAAUACUAAGCGUUAUUACCCUACUCAGGAUUUGAAUAAAGAUGGUAUUAAGCACGUUAAGAUUCCGUGCAAAGGCAGAGACUCUGUACCUGAUAAUUCGUCUGUUAACCACUUUGUGUAUGAGGUUUCAAAAUUCAUUCCUUGUCGUCAGAAUCACAAGUACGGUAUUCUUGUGCAUUGUACACAUGGCCACAAUCGCACUGGAUAUAUGAUUGUUCACUUCCUUAUGAGAACUCGGUCUAUUUCUCUAACUGAGGCAAUUGGAGUAUUUGCUCAAGCACGCCCUCCGGGUAUCUACAAAAAGGACUACAUUGAUGCAUUAUAUGCAUUUUAUCAUGAAAGAAAGCCUCAAAUGUCCAUUUGCCCACCAACCCCACAAUGGAAGGGGUCUAGUUCUGAUCUUGAUAAUGAUAACGAUGAUGAUGGAGUUCCAGCUUCUCCUUUGUGCGGGACACAUGAUUCGGAUUCGAACUCAGUGAUGAUGACGAAUGAUGAUGUUUUGGGAGAUGAGAUACCUUGGGAGCAGCAAGAUGCAUUCAGGAAGUUCUGCUAUCAAUCACUUAAGUUGGGUGUUGGAGCAAGAGGGAAUAGUGCUAGUCAAUUUCCAGGAUCACACCCAGUUUCUCUUAAUAGCGACAAUUUACAAUUGCUGAGGCAACAAUAUUAUUAUGCAACAUGGAAAGCUGAUGGUACAAGAUAUAUGAUGCUAAUUACAAUAGAUGGUUGCUAUUUGAUUGAUAGGAAUUUUAACUUUAGGAGGGCUCAUAUGAGAUUUCCUUUAGCUGAUCAGAAAUCUCAUCAUCAUCAUAAUCAUCAUUAUACAUUACUUGAUGGGGAGAUGGUAAUUGAUACAUUACCAGAUUCACACAAGCAAGAGAGAAGAUACCUUAUCUAUGAUAUGAUGGUGGUUAACAAUGUAUCUGUAAUAGAGCGGCCUUUCCAUGAAAGAUGGAUGAUGCUUGAGAAACAAGUAAUUGUCCCUCGCCGAAAUGAACGAGUCAAAUUGAGGGAUAGUUGUUAUAGAUAUGAAUUGGAACCGUUUAGGGUGAGAAGGAAGGAUUUUUGGUUGCUAACAACUGUUAACAAGCUUUUGAAGGAAUUCAUUCCGAGGAAGCUAUCACAUGAUGCAGAUGGCCUUAUAUUUCAAGGCUGGGAUGAUCCGUAUGUUCCACGCACUCAUCAAGGCCUUCUGAAAUGGAAAUAUGCUAAGAUGAACUCCGUUGAUUUUCUAUUUCAGAUUGGUGAUGAUGAUGAUCGUCAUCAUUUACUUUUUCUUUAUGAACGAGGAAAGAAGAAACUGAUGGAAGGAAAUUAUAAGGUUGAAUUUAAAGGUGGUUUAGAUCCAUCUUCCUAUGCGGGGAAAAUCAUCGAGUGUUGUUUGGAUUUUGAAAAACAGAAGUGGGAGUUCAUGAGGGUCAGGACAGAUAAAUCGACUCCAAAUGAUUUUAACACUUACAAGAAGGUCAUGCGAAGCAUAAAGGAUAACAUCACAGAGGAUUUCUUGUUGGAUGAGAUUAAACAGAUCAUUAACCUGCCAAUGUAUCAUCAUAGAAUUCAGAUUGACAAGAAAGCCAAUUUCGCCUAAGUUGUCUUUGUUCAUAAAAGACAAAGAUUUUCUGUGAGAAAAUGGAAGUUUAAUGUA